AUGGAUGGGUUUGAUGAGGAAGCAUUCAAGAAGUUCUUCCCCUCCGGUUUCGGGAAACAGGAGAAAACAGUCGACGUUGAGUCCCAAGUCAAUCGUUCUAAGCGAGCUGAAGUUGCAGUAGCGAAAUCGCCUGCAGAUGGCGAAAGGAAGCUGGAAACAGAGGCCACUAGCCUUCCAGCGACAGAGAAGAAAGCAGAAAAACCUCAAAGUAACGACGAGGACUCCGAGGAUGAUUCUGAUGACUCCGAUGAUUCAGACGACGAGGAUGAAUUCCCCGUGUCGCAUGAACUGGUGCUCAAAACCCAUGAGCGCGCCGUGACGACAAUGACAGUCGAUCCGUCCGGAGCGCGACUGAUCACAGGUUCUACCGAUUGCACUGUGAAGCUUCACGACUUUGCUUCCAUGACUCCCUCCACCAUCCGAGCAUUUAAAUCCGUCGAUCCCUCUGUGAAGAAGCAUUCUGCCGCGCAAGACACCCAUGCCAUUCAUUACGUUGGGUUCAAUCCACUAUCUCCAAGCCAUGUCCUGGUCGUACCUGCCACCGCACAACCCAGAAUUCUCAGUCGCGAUGGUGAUACUAUAACAGAAUUUGUGAAAGGCGAUAUGUACCUGCGAGAUCUUCACAACACCAAGGGCCAUAUAUCGGAGGUGUCUAGUGGUGUUUGGUGUCCUUUUGACGAAAACUUAUGCGCUACAGCUGGAUCUGAUAGCACAGUGCGCAUCUGGGAUGCCAAUGUGGGUCGCUCGCAGAAGGAGGUGAUAAUGCAUAAAUCAAGAGCUGCUGGGUCUGCUGGUCGGACCAAGAUGACUGCCGUCGCCUGGGGCUCUCCAAAACAAGGAGGGUCGAAUAUUUUGGUUGCGGCGGCCCUUGAUGGAAGCUUAGUGAUGUGGAGCGGCAAUGGGCCUUUUACUCGGCCUAGCGCAGAAGUCCGCGAAGCACACGCCCGGGAUACAUGGACCAGUGGGCUGGAUAUCAGCGCCGAUGGGCGUCUGGUGAUUACCAGAGGUGGAGAUGAUACAAUCAAAUUGUGGGACACAAGAAAGUUCAAAACUCCGGUGACCACAGUAACGCACACCUCGACCUCGCGGUAUUCCACAUCCAAUAUCCAAUUUUCACCAAGCUCUGCGAAUGUGAUUGUGGGUUCUGAGACUGGCCACCUACAUAUACUCAAUCCAGCUACGCUGAAGCCAGAAUUGGUCACUCCUGUUACUCCAGGAUCACCAUUGAUUACUGUUCUGUGGCACGAAAAAUUGAACCAAAUUCUAACAGGCUCUGCCAAUUCUGAAACCCACGUCCUCUAUAAUCCGACAAUGUCCCAAAAAGGAGCGGCAUUGGUUAUGUCGAAGGCACCCAAGCGUCGCCAUGUGGAUGACAACCCAUCAUUCACCACAGGUUUGGACUCAGGACUCGCGGGCGAUUCAGUGGUUGUCAACUCGAGCGGUGUACCACAUUAUAGCUCUGCCACUUUUGCGGCACGCCAUCCUACCAUAGGAUUAACAGCAUCUGGUCGCUCUCGAGAUCCGCGUCGACCACACUUGCCGCAAGUCACCCCCUUUGCUAAGUCCCAGCCCGAUGAGAAACAUAUUCGGGAAAAUAUUCCUCUCAGCUCGAUGCGUGAUGAAGACCCUCGCGAGGCUCUCCUGAAAUACGCAGAAAAGGCCGAGAAAGAUCCUAUCUUUACCCGGGCCUACCAGGAGACGCAACCCAAGCCGAUCUAUGCAGAAUUAAGCGACGAAGAAGAACAGAGACCAGAGAAGAAAAAGGCUCGGAGGUGA